CUGGGCCUGCGGCCUGCCCUGGCAGUAUCGUCUGGUGAGGCUGUAAAUGUGCGUGUGCAUCGCCAAGGGACUCUUCAGCACUUCAACAACUUGCUCUCUCCCGCCAAUUAGAGCCAGGCAAGUAGGCCAAUGGCGAGCACAAAUUGCUGGCGCUGCCUCGCUCGGCCCUCGCAGCGUCUGCUGCUUGCGCCUGUUUUUGGAGUCACCUCUGCACCGGCGUCUGCUGCUUUUACGACAUCUACCCAGCUAGGCAAAGUCCCUGAGCCCUCGAUGACGAAGCAUAUCCGUGCUGGCAAGAAGCUCUCGUUGAGAAGAAACAAGCGCACACCAGAUAAAACCAAACCUCCGCUACCUGGCGAACGAAAGGCCUUCCGCAAGCGCAUCCAGCUCAGUAACGACAAUGCUCUCGCAGUUACCGGUCUCGACGUCCUGACCACUGAAAAUGUCAGGGAUCCCGACUCGGUCGGUAAAGUCUUCGGUCUUCCCGACGAGUGUAUUGAUCAACUGAGGGUGUGUGAGGCUUUCAAAUCCAGCCAGAGCUGGAGCCUGUUUCGGUCACCGCAUAUGCUUGUCCGCAAAGAGACAGUAGAUCUGGCAAAGCAGAUGAUGGACGCGAUUGAGAAGAAAGAGACGCUAAGACUGGUUGUGGCCGGAAAUAGAGGAUCAGGGAAGAGCAUAGUUGGUCUCCAAGCUCUUGCCACCGGGUUGUUGAAUAAAUGGGUUGUCAUCAACAUACCAGAAGGACAGGAAUUAACGACUGCGGCAACUGAAUACGCCUCGAUACCCAACUCGGAAAUGUUCUCACAGCCUGUCUAUACUGUCAAGCUCAUGCAAGCUAUUUACCAGGCGAAUCAGUCUAUUCUAUCACAGCACAAGGUCAUGCUGGAUCAUAUGCAUCUGUCCAUCUCUGUAACCCGUAACAUGACGCUAGCCGGCCUUAUCAAUGCAACCAAGGAGCCCGACUUUGCGUGGCCAGUCUUCCAGGCUUUCUGGAAAGAGCUACUCCUUCCUGGCCGCCCGCCCAUCCUAUUCUCCCUCGACGGCCUUGCUCAUAUCAUGCGCGUUAGCGAGUACCGGUCUCCCGCCUUUGAACUAAUUCACAGUCACGACUUGGCUCUUCUGCGCAUGUUUACUGAUGCACUAGGUGGGAAGACGACUUUUGCCAACGGUGCGGCUAUUCUUGGCAUAACGUCCAAGGGUAACGCGCCUAUAAUCCCCUCUAUGGACAAAGCGAUUGCCCAAGCGAUAGCUACGCAGAAAGGCGAGAAAGUUCCAGAGCGGGACCCUUUUUUCCGCAAGUACGACGAGCGGGUCUUCGAUUCCCUACGGGGUGUUAAAGUCCUGGACGUCCAAGGUGUCUCAAAGACAGAGGCUCGCGCUCUUAUGGAAUACUGGGCAGCUAGUGGCAUUCUGCGCUCGCGUAUUGACGAGAAGAACGUCAGUGAGAAAUGGACUAUGGCUGGCGGUGGCGUAGUAGCCGAGAUGGAGCGUGUUGCGUUCCACGACUUGCGGGCUACCACGUAAUGGUGAGGAGAGGGAGCGUCCAAGUCCAAUGACAAAAGCAAAAUGUGCUUUAUGUAAGGGCUGGGCUACAGGCUGAUAUGUGCUGUAUCAUUGCAUGUUGUAUAUUGUAGAUAACCAUCAUAUUACCUAGCAUCUAGCCGGAUACUAUACAGGAAGAUCCUUGUACUACCAGUUAUUGACUUCAUUUCCAGUGCUGACUGCUUCUGUUUCCUUACCAUGGAGCUCUAAUCUCAACUCCUAGGCUAAUGAAUGAGAUAAUCUUUGGCUUAGUAACUGACCAAAUCGAGCGGGCAUAUUAUCUGCGAAUCGGAUGAAUUCAUUUUAUUGUAUUCUCGCCAUCUUUCUUCAUUUCGCUUGGUGUAGCCAGAC